GUAGCGUUAGUACUCAGCCUCCAAGGCUCAGUCUCUAUCGUGACAGGAUCAUGAUAUGACUGGGUGUAUAAGGAACUUGCGUACGGAAGCUUUGAAUUUCAUUCUUCUUUCAGAGGGAAUAGAGGCCUUCUACCUCAAGACAAGUAAGUACUAUGCUUAUAAGCUUCCGCUUGGUUAAUAUAGCGUUGGCAAACGGGUUUUGGUUUCUGUUUCUGGGGUGUUGCCUGGUAGCUCGUCAAAAAUAUCGUCAACGUGGCGGCGAAAUGAGCAUUAUAAUCUCGUUGUCUUAGCUCGAGAACUGUUAGCAGCCUUAACAAGGACUUGAACAGGUUAAUGUUUUAUAUAUUGGUGCAUACAUAAUUUGAUGAAGUUACUCCAGCUGUUUUUUUAAAAUUAUUUCCUUGUUUGUGUGUCAAUAAGCACGUCUAUCCCAUGGCCCUUGUGUAAGCGUUUUGUCCUGCAGUAUUCAGGAAUGUUAGUAAUGCAAUCAAAUUCGCUGUAUCGGGCGUUGUAUUAGUGUUUUGAUUUACUUCAGGAGUUGAUAAAUUUUUAAUCCAUUACUAGCGUGGAUGAAUUAAUUGCCAUUGAUUACUCAUUGCGAAGGCACUUUCCAUUUUGACCGAAGGAAUUAACCGUGAUCGAUCGAAUUGUGCAGUGUACCGUUUACGAUUGCAAUAUAUGUUACAUUUCACCGCUACCUUUCGUUCAGAGCCCUUUUUUGUUACGCAGUAUUGAAGUGCCAUCGUAUAAUGUUGAUUGUAGCCUUUUUAUUGCAAUAAUUUUUAUUGUUUUGGACUUUGAUAACCUCAAGUGUCACAACUUUUAGCGUGAGACAAUGUUGUCGUUGAAGGCAAACUUGAGCUUAUUAGCUUACUAUAUUUGGUCACAGGUCAUGGCGAAUGAACUCAAUUUAUUGUAAAGGUCGCUGCAUGUCAAAUCAAUAACUUUCUUCAAAAGCUCUCAUAAACAAAACUACUGUGUGAGCGCAGUUUCUAUUAUAAGCUGUGUAGUUAUUAAUUGACAAAGAAAAGAUAUCACACCAUCUUUUAAAUUUUUAUUACCAACUCGGCAGCAAAUUUGCAUGCAUAGAACAGUAAGUUAUAAAAGAAAAAUCUGUAAUAUUUCCGUGCAUGCAGCAAUUUCACGCUAUUUCGCACAAACAGUUAACAUGAACAGACCCGAAUCAUGCAUGUAUAAUAGAUGUAUGGGGCUGUACGGAAAUCUUAAUACUGUUCCACACAUCUUUCAAUAUAAGAUAAGUUAUUCAUACAUGGACUGAGGCUUUUAAAUUCUGGACUGAUAAAUGAAAAAAUUAUGAUAAUAUAUUUAUGCAGAAACAAAAUAAUGGAAACUUCAGUCGAUGUUUCAACAACUUGAAAAAGACAGAACAGAGUUGUCAAAAGGUUUUCUUAAGUUUCCAUUUAUUUUUGGUUCUGUUUUUAAAUAUAUUUAUGUUUUUCAUUUAUGAAUCUAGAGACUACAUGUGUAAAUGAAUUCUAAAAUUAUAAUUUGUGUAUCAUAUCUGUAAUAUUGUACUGUGGUGGUUGCAAACAAACCACAACUCUUCAUAAAGUCAGUACCAUAAUAUUUUGAAUGAGUAAUGACUAAGGCAUGUUUAUAUGAGGUAAGCCAGCCCAGUUAGCCUGGCUGGCCCACUUUACAGGGAUGGCUUGGCUCGUGCCUUAUGUCCUUAUAAAAAUGUCUGUUGUGUUUAUAUGAGAAGGUGGGCUGGCCUUUAGCGCUUGCUAAUGUCUUGAUUCAGCCUGGUAAAGGGAACUCUGUUAAAAUCCAGGCUGGCGACUAAAACUGGAUUUGUUGAUGGCAACAUUGACAGUGGCACAAUGCGUCAAGUUCUCUUGUUACUGAAACAUACACUGUUGCAUUUUACCAGGGUUCUGAAUAAGAGCUGACGGCAGGCAAAAUUUUCUGGCUAUUUUAUGUGAACUCACUGCCAACUUUUCUUUGGAAAUUACCCCCAAAAUAGCCAAAAUUUAAUGAUGUCUUUGUUCUGUUCAAAUACUCAAAUUUUUGCCCCAGAGGCAAAUUUUUGCCCUAAGAGGCCCAGAUUUCAAAAUUUUUCCAGGGGGAUGCUCCUGGACCCCCCUAGUAACUUGCACUUGUGGCGCAAGUUGUUUCCUUCUCUGCCUACUCCCUAGCUUUUGCCACCUAUUUAAAAUCUUACUGAAAACCCUGUCUUACUGUCAUUGUGUACUUCCAGAAAAUAUCCAUAUGCCCGCCAUAGAGGGCUUUUCGAUUUAAAGCUCCCUGCCAGCAGGACAUUUCAGUUUUGCUUCCUACUUUCCUUUCACCCUCCCUGUUGGAAUUUCCAAUGACCCUCCAUUUGCUUGGUAUGGAUGUUUGUGGAACCACACUUUUUAUUGUUGCCAAGGGUAGUGGGACUGUGGUGGAUCAGAAUUUUUGCCAAUGACCCUCCAUUGGCCUCUGACUGCCUCUAUCUGAAUUUCUGUUGGCCUUAGUAGUUGUUACCUUUGAUAGGUGAGCCUGAAAAUUUCCACCUUAGCUAUUUUUUAUACUUUUUCAAAAACUGGAAAUACCGCUUUUUCAUCCAAGGAUCAUCUGACUAAUUUCGGAUCCACUGUGAAUGGAACAAAUUAUGCGUAGAUCACUAAUCCGUUAAUCUGGAACAUAUAAAACAGUUAAAAUUGAAAAUUAUCUAAAGAAUGUCGGCCAUUCUUCCAUAGGGAUUUUUUUAUGUAACACGAUUUGUAAGAUAGCAGUUCAGUGAAUCCUUUUUUGUUCAAAAAUAAAACAUCACUUGCCCGAUUCACCAGAUCAAAACAGUACUUUCUUUGCCUUAUUUCUGAUUUCAAGCAAUCUUUAGAUUUGGGAUUUUUAAUGUACCAGAAAAUCUUCUAGUGAACACACCCUAAGGCUAUGACCAUUAUUUUCAGUAUAAGUCUCUUGAAGCAUUUUUUUAAAAUUAGGCCGUACAUGUUUAAUUGCUAGUUGUUUUAUUACCAGUAAAUAUAAUUAACUAUGCACAUUUUUUUCCUUACAUGCAGGAUGAUUUGGUAAAUACAAAAUACAAAACAUAUACAGUUUUAUACAUAAGGAUAAGAUGUCUGGUGUAGACUCUGAACAAGACAAACAGCCUAUCAGCUCUGUUAGUGAUGGCAGUGACUUACAUUCCCCUGGAAAAGACGUCUUAGAGGAUCAUAGCCCACCUGUAGAGGAAAUAAGGGGCAUCUCAGAAAAAGAAACUGUAUCUGUUCAGGGUGAGACAAGAGAGGAAGUAAAAGAUGACAACAGUGAAAAUAAAGAAGAACAAUCUCCAGUUGCAGAAGUGACUCUUAAUGGUAUUGAUUUGCCUUUUGACGACCAGAAAAAGAGUGAAGUGUCAGACAAUUUAGGAGAUACUUCCACAGAAAAAAAAACCAGUGAAACUCAACAAGAGAUAUUAGAUGACAAACAUGUUAAAAGCGAAAGUGUUGAGGAGGAUGCUGGGAAGGAAAAUGAUGAGCAUAAAGAGUCUGAAGUGAGUGUUGAAACUGUUGCCAUGGAGACAAAAGAAGGUCAAGAUGAAACAUCAGGUGAUGUUAAGGAACCUGAAGGGAGUCCUACUACCAGGGUAGCCGAGGGAAGUGGAGAACAAGCUGAAGCCACCACUGAAAUUAAGGACGAUCAACAAGAACAUGUAGCUGUUGCCAUGGAGACAAGCAUUGAACAGGGUGAAACUUCAGCUGAAAUAGAAGAGGCUAAAGAGAGUCAAGAAGUUGUCACCAUGGAGGAAAAUGGUAAACAAGAUGAAGUUUUAGAUGGAAGCAAGGAUGUAGAACAGAGUCCUGUUGCUAUGGAAGUCAAUGGAGAGGAAGCCAAAGAAGUCAAAGUAGAGGUAACAGUGCCCGGUGAAAUGGAGAGUACUCAAACUGAAGCUAACGGAGAAGCAGUUGAGGUUCCAGUUGUAACUACAGCUGGAGAACAACAGAAUGUAGAUCAGCAUCAAAACGGACCCAGUGAAGAGAGUGGUCAGGCAGCCAAAAUAGGUAAUACAAGAAAUAUACCCAGUUACCCAUACAUUUGUGUGUUUAGCCUUUUGAUAAUACAGCCAAACCCAGUGUGCAAAGGAAGUCGUGUCCAGUAGCCCAGGACUAGUGGAUUUUGCAAUCGGGGUUGUGAAUUCUGUUCUUAACUUGCCCAAAGGGCAAGUAAAGUUUUUUGAAAAAUUCAAAUUACAGUAAAAAUGUAAUCAAUGCUUAUCAAAAAAAUUUUUGGGCUAGUACAUACUAGCAACAAUUUGCCCUAAUGGCGAGCCAGAAAACUGACCUUCUUUGCACCCUGCAAACCACUUGAUAUAAUUUAUUUGGACACCUUCCAAAAUCAGACACUCAGACCCUCCCUUUAUAUUAGUGGAUACCUCUCGUAACAGGCCCCAGUGUGCCCACUAACAGGAGGUAACAUCUCACUUGCACAGUGUCACUUUUGUAACAGGUUUAGGUAAUUAACAAUUAUUCCUCGAGCCCGAGUGGGCUCUGAGUCAAUAGCCUAUGAGGCCGAAGGCUGAAUGGGCUAUUGUCUCAGAGGCCACGAGGGUUUUAGUAAAAUCCAACUAGUUGAUCAAAAAUAUCAAGACAAAACAACUUUAGCUAGCAAAACGUGAUUCAGCCACCACUGUUUUGGUUUUCAAAGCCGGCGCUUUUCUCUACUAGUGGGCUAUAACAUAUAGCCUAGUAGUUGUUCAACCAAUCAGAACUCAGCAUUGAUAAUAGACCACUAGUUGGAUUUUACUAAUACACUUGAGCUAUCGACCUAAUAGACCCUUCCAUGCUUUUUUCAACUUUUGACAUGGACCAGUCAGGGAAAAUCGUUCGGCACCACUGCAAAGAGUAGCUUAAAACUAGUAAAAUCGCCAAGUUUGAAAGUGAUACAUCAUAAGCGAGAGAAAAUAGAGCUCUGCAAAGUUGCUAAAAUUUACAGACACCCAUAUUUGUAGUGUAGAGAAAUCAAAAUUGAGUGCAAUUUUUUAUAAUGCUCACCUCUUUCAGACACUCUGACCCAAGUAGUAAUUGACAGAACAUGCAUCUCCCAGUUUGAUAUCCAGUACAUAUAAUAUCUAGAUUUGCAAACUUCUGGCUGGCUAGCUGAUUCUUGUGUUGUCUUUAUAGUGAUCUGUGUGUAGCUAUUUGCUGGUAUACCUCUGAUAUUCACCAAUGAGUUAUAUUAUAAUUAACAAUUACUGGAUGAGGCUGAGUAUCAUUUGAAGAAUUAUGGAGAUCGAGAUUGCGGAUAACACUCUUCGAGAUCUCCAGAAUUCUUCAGAUGAUACGUAAGCCAAAGCCAAUAAUUGUUUCAUUAUUCAUUCAAAAUAAUUCCUAGUUUAGAAACAAGCUAAAACAUGCUUUAAUACCUCCAUCGAUGUUAAGAUCAUCUUCAGUUGCCUGUUUAUCAGCAAGUUUAGGAGAUAAAGGGUUGUCCAGUUCUGCAAAUAUUCUCCAAAAAGUGAGUGUCAUGCAUCCACGGAGUUGUAUUCUUGCUGUCCUUACUUUGUUUUUACCCAAUAGUUUGCCAAUUUCUUCCUUUCGAAGCAAGUGAGAUGUUCUGCCAUUUUGUACUCACUACCAAACCAACUCAACCUCGUCCCCAGGUCUUCUCUGUUAACUGUAAAGUUUUCUGGCAAUUAUGCUGUAGAAUUGACGUCAUUUUUUCACAUAUCGCAAAAUUCUUCCAAAUUUGGUCAACAGUAGCUGGUUAUGAUGAAUUAUCCAUGGGAUUUGAGCCAAUCAGAGACAGAGAAAUAUUUUGAAUGAAUAACAAUAUAUUUUAUUGUUAUUAUUAUUAAUUUUACUGUCAUUAUUAGCUGAAGACCAUAAUGCUGUGGAGAAGAGAAGAUCGGUAACCAUGGACAGUCCAGAGAUUGCAAAAGACGCAGACAAAAGUGAAGAUGACAAGACCCAAAAGGGACGAUCAAAGACAGUUGGAGAUAUUGAAGGCAGUGCAACAUCAUCUGUUAAGGUACUGUCAUGUACCUACGGAUACAUGUAUGAUGCCCUAAUUACAUACAUACAUAGUUACAUACAUAAACUAUUUACAGGUAGCCAUUACGACACCUGAAGGAGGAUCAUGAGAUUAAUCCCUAUAUUAAAAUUGUAAGAUCUCCUAACAGAUAACCCUCCCAGCCCAGGAAAGGUUGGCCUCACCACCGGGGUCUACAUCCCUAGCUACUCUUUUUGAACGGUGGUGUGGCUUUUUUUAUGUCCCACAAGAACCAGAUAGGUCAAAGUCGGGACCUACGGUUUUUCUUCCUUAUCCGAGAAGACUAGAAAAUCUAACCAGUAACUAAGUUAGAUGUGGAUUGUACAGGGUUCUCCAGAAAAUUUGAAGUAAAAAGGAAAAACAUUGACUAGGCAGCAACUUAUUAGAUCGAAAAUCAUGUCUGCACAACUGGAGUAGGGAUAGGUAUGGAAGAGGGGGGCGGGGAAGGCUGCCCCAUUUCAUUGUGGGAAUUUAGGGGUUACUGACAAGUGCAUUUCAGUGCAUUUUGGGCGACCAACAAAAGAAAUUUUAGCCAUGAGGAUGCCACCAUUAUUAACCAAACAAAAGUGUUAGGAAAAAAAUUGUUUGAAAUAUGAUGGAUAUAUUAUUUUCUGUGAGUAGCUGGCAGCUCUGUGAAAGCUAGAAAGUGAUUUUCGCCAGGUGCAAGAGCUCUCCAGAGAACCCUGGCUUUUAGCUUUGGUCUGUUUAUGCUCUUGGCCAGCAGACCCUUUUGCUUGAUUGGACUGUUAUAAUUAUGUCAGAAGGAGACACAAGAUUCUAGUUGCUUGUAGGGGUCUAAGUGUCAAAAGGUGCUCAAUAUCACUCUUUUGCUUUGUUUCCUCUUUAAAGAAAUUCAAAGAUAGAGAGCAGUAUUGCUAGGGUUCAGUAUACCAAGCUUCUGAGGGGUCGGAGGUUCUCAGGGUCUUAAAUUCAGCCCUGAGGCCUGUUUCUCGAACCUCCCGGUAACUUUUCGGGCCCGAAAUGAAAUAUUCAAACCGAAAUAUAAAGAAUAAGAGCCCAGGUCCUGGCUAGCAAAAUGCUCCAUUUUGUUUCAUUAAUUUAUCAUUUUAGAUACAAAGCUAUUGAAACCUCGAUCUUGAAUGUAAAAACAACACCUUACCGGGCCCAUUAAUUAUCACUACUUUCGAGAAACGUCUCGAUGUCUCAACUUUUUGCCCUGAUCCUACACCAUUUCAGAUUUUACACUCAUUUAUUUGUAUUUUGAAGUAGAUUCAAACCUCUACUUAUGGGCACCUCUCAACAAAGGCCUUUGUUGUUGCAGUGGAUACAAUAUUAGCACAAUGGCCACCUUCUCUUUUCCCAAGGUGUCUGUUGUGGAGAGCUUUAACUCUUUUUAUUUCCAAUGUUGUUUAUCUGCAGCAUCCUGAAAUACACCCAUUAGCCUCCCACGCAGGCGUUUUUAGGGGAGCUCGUCUUUCAUCCCUCCCCACAAACGCCUGCUCAACCAAAGACAACCUUCCUUUCCCAAGCUUAGCCAAUCACAUUGUACUUUCCAAAUUCUGGAAAGUUGACCUUGACCACAGGGUAAUCUAAUAAUUACUCGAUCUGCAUGAAACACUGAGAAAGCUUUCUUACCUCUAAUAAAUGUUAGAUUGAGAGUGGAAAAACUAAGAUUUAGUCAAAUUUUAGAAUACUCCAUGUACUGCAUAACCUUAGCAAAGGAAAGAAAAGAAGGAAAACGGUAACUCUAAGGUCACGUUUCAGUCGUGUUUAGUGUUUACCAUGCAAACAAAACAAUGGAAAAGGAUGUUGUUUUCGCUUGAGCAGGCGUUUGUGGGGAGGGAUGAAAAACGAGCUCCCCUAAAAACGCCUGUGUGGUAGGCUAUACACCCAUAUGCAGAAGACAUAUUCCAUUGACAAUAGAUGUCUGUUUAUUUCUGAGUAGGAAGAUGUUGCUGCAAGGUCAAUGACAAUCUGGUACACAGAUGUCACGGAUGAUACCCCAACAAAGGAAAAACCUGAGGAGGUAGUCAGUUACUCUACAAGUAUUGUGGGUGGGGUUGUGCACCGAGUACCAAUUAUAUCAAAGUAGGUAUCAGCGUGAAAAGGCAAGGUCUUAAUAUUACAUGUAUCAGUGUAACAACUUAAUAUUAUGUAGACAAUAGGAACCAUGAGCUGCAGGCCAGUGGUUUUCAUUUCUAUGGUCAAUAUAAAGAGUAUAGGCUAUGGAACAUUGUUGUUGGUUUGUUUUCUGCAAUUAAAUAUUGACAAUAUUUAAUGUCCGUUUCUGUUGAAUUUGUUAGGAAAAACAGGCACAUAGAAAGAGAAAAACAAAUUGUGCCACCAUCAUGUCAUUCCCCUGGUCUACACUUAUAUCGACCAUUACAGCUCCCCACCAAUCAGUGUGCGAGAAAUCACUCAGUUAUUGUAAAAACAAUUUUGGACAUAACAUCAUGGAUUCACCUGGUGACAAAUAGAGAAUUAAUUUUUAUCUCAGCCAUGCCACAAUUAACAUUGCAUCAUGUUGUCUUGGUAUUUGUCACCAUAAAAGAUGCUGUCAACAAUACUAAUGCUAGCAGCAUGCUCGGCACUUAUUGCGUGAACUAAUCAAUUUUGGCCUUUUGUACUGCUGGGUUUGCUUACAUACACUAACAUGCAAGACUCACUCGAGGCAACAGCCAAUAUUGACUAACUUUUUGAGCAGUGUGCAUAACAAACCUCCCUGGUGAAUCCGUAGCUCUCAGAAGCGUGAUGUUAUAUUUACUAUUUGUUUUAUAACUUCCAUGAUGUGAGAACAAGUAAACGACAUAAAAAGUUUGAUUUCAACCAUGACUAAUCAGUGUGCUGCUAUGUGUGCAAUAAGCUAUGGUACUUUGUUUCAAAGAGCUGUGUUUUUAAGCAUAAGAAUUGUGAUGUAAACCUGUAGCUACACAAGCUUUCAUCAGUGUGCUCCCAUGAAGAAAACUCUUGAAAAAAGUGAAUCUGUCAAUCCAUUACACUGGCGUUAAACGACUGGCAGUGUUCUCUUAAUUAUCUAGCAAUGCUGUGAUCUCAAAGGGAAAGUUUGUUGACAUGGAUUCAGUUAAAAUUUCACUGAUAUUUGAAGGGGCGUUUCGUUGUUUUAUUUUAAGCUCACCAAAGGGCCCUCGAAAAACCAAAGAAGGAAGUCCACAAACCACUCCAAAGAAAAGGUCUGUCAUAGACACCCUGUUUGGGCGGCGUAAAAAGUCUAAAGGGGGUCCAGAAAGUCCUCCAGGGGCCAGCUCUAGUGGUAAAGAUCAAGAUAAAGAACAUCAAGAGAAGAAGGCUGAAGCUAGUCCGAGUAGUAAAGAUACUGAAAUGAGGGAAACACCCGAAACUAAUCCAGCUGCUCCUGACACAAGUGAUGAUACUGGUGUCAAAGAUGCGUCAGAGCCUCUUGGGGACGUCGCCAAUGUGCAAGCAGAGGUAAAAGGGACCAGUGAUGGUGCUGAGAUAAAGCCAGCAACUGAAGCCGUGGUGAGUGCAGAGGUGGAGGGCAGCAAGGAUGGCCCAGAAACUAAGCAAGAAAGUGAAGGCAAGGAAUCUACUGAGGUAGGAGAUUCCAGUGGAGCUGAUACUAAGCACGAAACUGAGAGCAAGGCAGCUACUGGAGAAGAGGAAGAAACUGGAAAUGUUGAAGGGAAACCUACCGCUGAAGCUGAAAGUCGAGAAGAUAUCGAAGAAACUUCCCAGGCUGCGGCGGAUGCUGCAAAGGAAGUUCCGGUUGAAACACAAGAGGCUAAAGAAGAACCAGUGUCGAUAGAAAGCGCCCCAUCAGAGAAGGGCAAAGAAAAUGUUGAAGGACCAAAGGAGGAAGAGGUGGAGAACCAAGACUCUGAUAAGGAAGCUGUUAAACGUGCUCACACAGAGCCCUCAGAGGAAGAAGCAAACUCUCAGCCGUCACCUAAGAAGAAGAAAACUUCUGGUAUUUUUGGUGGCUUCUUUGCGCGACGAAAGAGCAAGAAAACUAAGGACCUUGGGUCGGCGAGUGCUUCUGCGGAAGGUGAUAAAGUCCAAGAACAGCAGGAUGCACCGCCUGCAAUAGAAAGUAACGUAACAGAUGCUGGUGCUGAGAAAGGGCAGGAAGACGCCACAUCUCCAAAGUCAGAAGUGACUGAGAGUGAGACCAGCCAAGCUGUUGGUCAAACUUUAGAAACUGUUGAAGAAGAAUUAACUGAUAAGGAAAAAAAGGAAGGAAAAGAAGCAGAGACAACAGCAACAGACAAGUUAGAGGAAGGAAUAUCUGAAGAAGCUGAUGCAACUUCAGAGAUAAAAACAACAAAUGUUGAAGGCAAACAUGAUGGUGCAGAGGGAGCAGUAACUCAGAUAGAUUCUGUAGGGGAAAAGUAUGCUGAAUCAAAAACUGAAGUCAGUGACACGGCAGCUCCAGAAAGUGUGAUAGUUGCUGAGGAUAAAGGAAAAGACACUGAAUCCAAACCAGAAGAUAAGGACAAAGAGAGGGGAGGUAGGUUCGCUUUCCAUUACAAGUACUGCCAAGGUAACGUCAAGUCCGCACUCAAUUUAUAAUGUACAUUUACCUGUGGCCUUCCCACGCAGACGUUCUAGACGAAGCACGAAGAACGUCUGCAUGGGAGGCUAAUUUAGGUCCCUUCCUAACUGACCCUAUAGACUUUGUACAGUAACAGUGUCAAAUUCUACAAUACGCCUGUGUAAUCGUAUCAAAUGAUGACGAGUAAAAUUAGGAAAGUCUUUCAAGUAAGAUUUGUCAAGACUCGGGAUAUAAUUAGAAUUUGGUCAACGCGCGUGUUAAUAUCAUGGGUGCCAAAUUACCCUCGAAGGUUAUCCUUUGUUUGCUUAUUUUAUCGUGAACUCCAUUCACCGAAAAGUUGAAAGCAUACUUUUAAAGUUCCUAAUUUUCUGAAUUUGUCGACAAAAUGCUCGUUAGAAAAGUGUGCGCUUUCCUGUGUUUAGGUUAUUUACAGAGUCUUUUCAAGCCCUGACAUCUUCAUUCGUAGCACUUUAAACCUGGAACCUUGUUAUAGCAAUUUUGUAAUUUCAAAAGUCAAUUCAUAAUUUAACGCUGAAAUUUCGAAAUUUCGUGCCAGAAUUAAGGAGUAGUUUAUCAACCAUGAUAUUAUCUUUGACGUUAAAAGCGAAAGUGAGCUCUGGGUAGUUUAUCAAGGUGUCCAUUAUCAUUUCAGCGGAGAAAGUGUCCUCGCCAGAAUCAGAAGAAGCUAAAGAUGAAAUUUCCAAGCAACCUGUUGUCUUAAGAAAAGAAGUGAGUGCUUCAUACAGUCCCAAGACACGCCGUAUGCAGAUGAGGAUAAGCUAUGCUGAGAGGGAUGGUGAAGGCAAGUAUUUUUGCUGAUUUCAGCUUCAGAUAGUCUUUUAACCCUUGCAAUCUCGGAGACAAUUAUGUAGGCAGCUAUGUAAUACAGUCCGACGUGUGUAAGGUCCUGCAGAUGCAACCAUUGAAAUUGAACUACUUAUGAUUUUUUGGUCCCGUUUAUUUUAUUUCAUUUCUCUUCUUUUAAGAAGAGAAUAAUAAUUAAAAUUAUUUAGCAAUAUUUAUCUUCAAAUAUUUGUUUUCCAAGCGUAUAUAUUCGAAGUUACAAACCGCAAAGGUGAACUUUGAAAAACUGACAACUGAAUGUCAGUUUUCAAAAAGCCCAUCUGCUAUCCGCUCUAGUCUUCUUCAACGUUGUCCAUCGUGGCCUUCUUUGAUAUUUGCUCAAUUAUUAACAAUAAGAAUUAAUGUAAUGAAAGAUAGUAUUUAUCCUGGUUUGUUAACUAGGGCUCGUUGAUCGUUGAUCUUCGUAGAAAUUCCUUACAGAUGACGUGUCACUACCCAGAUGUGGGUAGUGACGCGUCAUCUGUAAGGAAUUUCUUCGCUCGUUCCUCAGACGUCAUUUCGCGGGGGGAAAACAGGUGUUGUCUUCGCGAAAUGUCGGCUGUCUUCUAAGGCUAAAACCCUCGAAAUAAAAAAAGCAAACAAACAAACAAAUGAGCGCUCUCGUUUUUAAAUGUUCCAUCACUGGGCAAAGUAGACUACGAGUAGUCCCCAUUUUUCCUCAGAGAUAGUAGUUCGAGCGAAACGCGAGCGCGCGUGAAAAUCAUGUCAUCCCACGCGAGAAAGGCGAGACGCGUUUCGCCUUUCUUGCGUGGGAUGAUUUUCACGCGCGCUCGCGUUUCGCUCGCUUUACUAUACCUGAGGAAAAAUGAGGGCUACUCGUAGUCUAUGGGCAGAGCAGUUACCCUUGUAUGUCAUUCUAUUUGGUGGCCAUUUGGUGACGACUAAAUUUGCCUAAUUUGCUCGACUCGGCUCCUUUAAAGAUUACUGUGUUUUGUUUUGUAGGUGGUAAAGAGGUUGAGGUGAUUGGUACACCCGAACAAGUUUCUGAACCAGCUAGUCCUAAAGGUAAACCUGAUCUUCGAGUAUCCUGCCGAUCUCUGGCUGAGGCUGAUCACGAGGGAUGGCUCUCUAAGAAAGGUACGAGAACUUGCGGUGGGAAAGUCACCAUGCUGGUUCCUCUAUUUCUUUAAUUAGGGUUACAGCGGUCAUCGAAAAGUCAAGGGGUUGGGAAAAAAAAGACAGGGAAAAUCUCAUUUCUUGCAGUAGUGAGGAAUUUUUUUGUUCAGAGCGCCAGUAGAUUUAGUGAAGAUGUUAAAAGCAUACGUUUUGUCUGGAAAGAAAACUCUUUAGGUGAUCGAUUUUGAUGCAUUCGAUCCUGCAAGAAACCUACAUCUGAAAGUACAUUCUGCAAAAACAACAACGAGCAAACAAACGGGACGAAGCAAAACGAAACGUCGAAAAUAAGGGAAAAAUAUUUUAUAGUCUGCAAAAGAAGCGGAAAAAAGUAUAAAAUGCAUGAUUAAUGUUGUUUCAAAGGCGGAGGAAACUCAGAAUUUUUUCUUCCUAAUGAGUAGCAACCUCAUGAGUCAUAACACAGUUGUAUGACCGCUCAUAAUUUAGACAAUCUGUUCAGUUUUGUCAAUGACGAAGGAAAACGAUCUGCGUUGACCAGUGCAAAGGUCGAUGCAAUAAGCAUACAUUUCAUGACAUAAUUAUUUGAGAGAAUUUGAUAAAGUUAAGGCAUUUUCUCUUUGGUGAUCAUUGUUUUACUUCUCAUAGCCGUUCCUCUUGAUGAUGCAUUAAUGGAGUAUACUUGCUGUCGAAGAGAGAUUCAAAAGCUGACGUAUCGCCGAGCGCUAGUCUUGGCCUGUUGCGUUAAUUUAGAACAAAGGUUACAACGACAACGAUUGAAGAUCAAAACGCUUUUGCUCCAACAAAAGUGUUCUGUUUAGGUUUCACGUGAUCGAAUGUCAAACUGUGACACUAGUGAUCGGAUUACCAGUGAGAGGAGGACCAAAGGCGUGUAAUCAGAUUGCGUUCUGUGUAUUCCAUGCAUGCUAAGUGCAAGUCCGAAAGAACGCCGUGCAACCUGGAGAUUAGGAUUAUGGGCUCCUCUUGUCGCCCGCAAAAAGGUGACUAAGGUAUUUAAAAUCUGGAAGACACAGGCGACCCGGAGAAAUACAAUAAAAGGUCGAAGUUCUUCCAAGAGGAUUCGAGCCCAUUUCUGACUUGCAACAUGUUCUGUGAUCCUUUUUACAGGUGGAAUGCUGUUUUUAUCAAGCUGGAAGCGAAAGUGGGUGGUACUAAAGGAUGGCAAGCUUUAUUACUUUAAAACUGCUUUUGACCCUGAGGCCGGCGGGAUUAUUAAGAUGAAGGACGUCACGGUUGCAGAAGCUCCUGAAACCAAAAAGAACUUGUAAGUCCUUACCAAUGAGCGCCAUAUUUAUGGGCCGCUUAGAGGGAGGGAGGGAGGGGGGGUUGGUGAAAAGCCUUGUUUUUCGUGUAUUCCAGCCUUCCUGCCCUUUUUGUUUCCUAAUCUAUGGCCAGUAUUUCAUUCAGUUACAUUGUUUUCCCUCUUAAUAUCUUCAAAUACAACACAGAUCGCCGGCUUCAAAAUGAUAGUCUUUGGGUUUUUAUCCGUGCGCUUAUCAUAUCUGACCGCAAAUGGGGCAAAUUUGGUCGGAAAUUACGGUCUGAUUACCGACUGUUACUAUUCGUAGUAUCGGUAGUUAUGUCCUGUUAUUAGCGAUCUUCAUUUUAGUAAUACUUACUGAAGGGGAAACAAAUCUGUACACUGAAAUUAAACAGUUUUUCUUGUCGCUUCAGUUCGCGCCAUCAAGCUAUGCAACAUAGACAUGCUUCAGUAAGAGAGUAGGUGAUACAGUCAGCGACAUAACUACAAUCAGAAAAUUAUUACGCUUUCGGUAGAUGUAUAUAUAUUUCGGACCCCUAUACCCGAGUUAAGUUGGGUGUUUCUUUCGAAUACCUUCUCCUUCUCGGCAGUACGUACUGCUGAGGGAGGGAAAGAACAAAGAAAAAGCAUACUCUUGCCUUUUUCUAGCACAGCGUUUUAGAGUGACGUCGUGCAAGUGUGCAAAGAAAGUCGUGUCUGAUAGUCCAGGGCUCAGAAAAGAUUUUGCGAUCGGGCUAGUGGAUUCCGUUCUUAACUUGUCCAAUGGCCAAACAAAGUUUUUGGGGGGAAUUCAAAUAACAGAAGUUUGUAUGGUCGAUAAGAGUACAGACCAUAGAAAAUUGUCCCCGUGGCUGGACGAAAUGAAACCUAAUUUUGAAACCGAUUCACUUCCUAAAUGAAAGGUGUGUUUUCUGUCUUUACCAGCUGUUUUAAGUGUGAACAGCCAGGAACUAAACCUCAAAUCUACCUGUUUAUGGCGGACAGUAAGGAGGAGAUGGACAAUUGGCUAAGAGUGUUAGCAGCCGCGUCCAAAGGUGAAAUCAUUCAGAAACUGCCCAAACAGAACCAGCUGUCAGUCAAGGAUGAAGUAGUCAUGCGAAGGAAAUCAGGAACUAAUUCAGCUCAGCGCCACAGUUCUGUUCUUGGUUAGUGUUCGCGGUUUUCGUUUGUUCCUGUUUAAUAGAGAGCUUUAGCAACGACGACGGCGACGGCAGCCACACCGUCACUUUUGAAAUAAAUCUACGUUUUUUUCAAACUUUGUUGCUUUAAAUGUCAACGGUAAGUGAAUUUCCCUUGGAGUUGAAUUCUUGGGAACUGCACGAAAGGUCGGGAAGUGACAGAAAAAUUCGACAUAGUGUUUACGUGCUCCAAAAAAACGUCGCGUAGGGAAAUUUCACGUGGUGGUCGAGUAGGGACGGCAAAGAAGUUUACCAAAAGGUGUGCUGUACGUGCACGUGUUGUUUUGCUUAUUAAAACUAUUGCUUUUUCGACGUUCUUCUCCUCUUUUCCGUCGUCGUUGCUAAAGCUCCCGAAUUUCACUGUCCUUACCGAAGAGAUUCUCAUUAGUUAAAAGGAGUGGCCCAUUUUUAUACCGUGGGUUAUUGAAUCUGUGAAUUUUCCUACUCUUUUUUCUCUCUUUUUCUAACCACCGUAGAAAUCACCCCCGCCCACCGUGUACCCGAAACCCCUCCUCUGAACAGAUUAGAAUUUCCGCCUUCUUCAUGAUUCUUCCGAGACUGGAAAAGAGGAUCUGAACCAGAACUCACUACUUCAACUUAACGUGAAUAUGCGCGCGUGUUAUUUUAUUCUCCUAGCUGUUGGAGGACGUCACGACUUUUUGGAAGACGUAGAAGAUUUCAAGACCACCCGUCGGAGGUCCAUGCCUGGUUCCUUCAGCAAGGAAAUACUCAAGGAAACAGAGGAGAAAGGUAAAGAAACUGUUGUACCCAGUGUCACACUCCCAGAAUCUUUCGAAGAACAACCGAAGGAUGAACCUAGCGGUGCAAUCACAACCCUUAGUGCCGACAAACCAUCGGCACCAAGUGAGGCACCUAGCGAUGCACUCACAGCACCUACAUCCGUUUCACCUAAUAUCGAUGCACCCACAGCACCUAGCGACGUAGCUCCGAAAACCGAUGAAACACUCUUGGCACCUAAUAGCGAUUCACCCACCGCACCUGGAAAUACACCCUUGGCACCUGAUAGCGAUGCAUCCACAGCACCUAGCGAUGAACCCCUGGCACCUAGCGACACAGCUCCAACACCCGGUGAUGCACCCUUGGCACCUAGCGACACAGAUUUAACACUUAGUGUCGCUCCAGACACGACCCCGACAUCCAUUGACCACCAAAAAACACAAUCAAGCGAUGCACCACCAGCACCUGGAGAAUCGACCCAAGUGCCAAUCAAAGAGCAAACAGUACUAGUCGUCACCCCUUCUCUCUCAGAAUCCACAGAGGACAGUCAAGAAGAGAAACCUGCAAGCGAAGAGUUUAAAACCACUAAACAAACUGUCUCCGUGAUGGUAGAUAAGGUGUUUGUGGGAAGUGAAAGAGUGAUUGUUGAGUCAACAUCUUCUGUUGAGGCAUCCUCACCUGACGUGGAAACACCAUUGUUACCAAGCUCUGGUGAUGCAGUCCCAGAAAAAGACAGAGGAACUGAAGAAAGCUCCAAGAUCUCUGCAGAAGUGUCAGAAAAGGCAGAAAAGCAGGAAUUGUCGACAGAGGCCGAAUCUGCUGUGGAUAGAGCGGAUGGAGUUGUGAGCGUCACAACGACGAAAAGCACAGUUACGGUUGUAGAAACUGUUAAAUCCUCCAUUGAAAUCUCCGAAACAGUCAAGACCUCGACUACAGUGUCUACAUUUGAGAAAGUAGGGCAGUCUUCCCAGCAGACCUCAGAACCAGAAAUCAUGGAGGAAGUAACGCCAUCAGAAGCUAGUUCUGCCGAACAGUUGGAGAGCGAGCCAUCGGUAACCCCACCACUGUCCCCAUCUAAAACUAAAUGGUACUUCUCUUUAGACAGAAAGCAGGCUUGGUCAGUGGCACCUGAGGCCGACGAAGAAAAGUCUCCCAAGCGCCGAAAGUCCUCUGACAGAAGCUCAAUUAAGUCGACUAACAGCGGCCGGGAAUCGAUUUCGUCGUUGCCCGAAGAGGAUCAGUUUAUGGUGAUGUGCCGAAAUAUUAGGAAAGCGCGCCUAUCAAUAUAUGGUGAGCCAGUGGUGGAUGGUGCAGAAAGACUGCGGGCGUUUUCCAAUGCAAAAGAGGAUGAUAAGACGCUCCUGCGGCUUAGAACAUUGGAAAGAACUCUGAAGGUGAGUUUUACGGAAAGGAUCUUCACGGAAACAGAUCGUUUCGAUACAAGUUGUUUCGACACAAGUCUCUUCGAUACGAACUCAGGCAGUGAGACUGCACAACAAUUUCGAUCACUCCAAGUAUUGUUUACGCGUGAAAAAGAAAAACACUCGGGGUGAAUAUUUCUCCCUUCGACUGAAUCAACUUGUCUCGAAACGACUUUUCUCUCAAUUGACUUGUCUCGAAACGGCGGGUAACCAUCUUCACGCUGGCGCUUUCCGUACGUUCUUUAAAGUUUGUAAAAUGUGUGUCAGCGUUCUUUCCUUUUUCGGUAUGGCCCUCCAUAUACAUUUAACUCCGAAGCUACUGGAGAUUUUCAAAAUAAAUGUGUGUGUAAAUGGCAAACAAAAAAGCAGUAUCAAAACUAAUGGACGUUUUCAGAACGUAGCGAAAUUUAUCCCUUAAAGUACUUCGUGGACUUUGCAAGCUCAACUUCCACAAAUAAAACAACAUCAGAAGAUAUUACUGUGCACUAGUAUAAAGUAAGUCUUACCAACUGCUGUAUAACCCCUUCGGGUUCAAUUAUUAUCGAAAUACCACGAAAUAGAAUUUAAAAAGCUGCUCUGCUUUGAAGCCUCACUUCCAGUGCAGGUGCCCCCCCCCCCUCCCCCUCAAAAAGAGCUGGAGCGUGAUAUUUCAGAAUAACUGUAAGUAAAACUCAUGUUGUUUUUUGGAGAAAACGCAAGUGAAAGGAAUAGUUCCGAACUCCGCUAUGAUUUUCACUCUUUAUAGUAAAGAAACCCCCAUAAAAUAGGCAAAUGCUUGUGAAGAGUUUUGAUCACCAUACAGCAGGGAGUUGGGCGAAGUCGCACGUUAAUGGUGGUAUCAGUGUAAUCUCGCAUUCUGGACUACCAACAACAACUAUCUUCUUGCGUUUGUAGGAUAAAGAGAAGCAUCUUUCUGACCUUGAAGAGCUUCUUAACCAGCCACAAAUCAACCGAAGGUCAAUUUAUGAGUGGAAAUUACGCAAUUCCGAAUUGCUGGACGAACUAUUUCCUCAAGAGAAUAUCGAGAAACUGGAAGAGAUUGAAAGCAUUGCUGAGGGAAGGGAGGAAGAGGGGGAAAAGCAAGAAAACGUGGGGGCAGAGGGUGGUAAGUCUCAACAAGACGAAAGUGUUCAGGAGGAAGAGGAAACACUGGAUAAAGCAAACGAAGUCGAGAGUACUUCCAAGGACGAAAGUAGUGAAAAUGUGAGCGAGAAACAGUGUGCAGAAGAAGGAGAGAAGGAAAUUGAAGAGGUGCAGAAAUCAGCCGAUGACAAUCAACAAUCAGCAGAGAAACAACUAGACAAGGAAAACGAGACACUGACCGAAACACAACGAAGUCCAUCUGAGAGUCCUCCUCUCACCGGUUCUGAGAAUAUGCAAGGACAGGACUCUGUGGGUGAAAAACAAGAACAAGAAAAAGACAUUGCUGCCAAGGAGCAACAGGGGGGUGAGGACAAAUUAGACACUCACCUUUGACAUUCUUUGAAAUGCAAUAGUAAGGUGUUAUUUUCUCUGGGGAAAACACAGUUCACCGAACAGUAAUAUCACCGGUUGGUUUUCCUUUAGCAAAAUUGGAAACAUUAUCGUGUUUCCGUAAGUUGCGAUAACACCAGUAAGUGUUUAAGAUGACGAGGAGAGCUUUGGAAACAGUGAAGUCUUUCGUUUCUUGUAUCGGCUUUUAAAGGGUGCUGUGUCAGAAUAAUCCAGUUUGACACAACACGGACCCAGUUUCUCGUGCAAUCUUAAAAUGGCCACUACUUGUCCGGAUCGUCUCGAUCGCGUCGAUUUUGGAGGACGAUUAUAUUGAAAG